UGUGACUAUCAAUCGGAUAGCCGAGUAUAAAAGAAUUGACUGGCAGUCCACCAUUAGCAUCCACACAGAGCUCUUCUUUCAACCCUCACGAGAACUACAAUGAAGUCCACGAUUGCUUGCCUGUUGGUGUUGGCUGUUGCCGCCCAAGCUCAGUAUUUCGGAUACGGUGCCGUUCCCGCUGCCGUUCCCGCUGCUGCUUAUCCCGUCGCCUACGGCUACCCUUCUUUCUCCGCCACCCAGUACCACGCCCAGGACGAGCUCGGCCAGGCCAGCUUCGGCUACGCUCACCCCGGACAGGCCGCCACUAACCUCCGUGACGGUUUCGGCAACCAGGUCGGCAGCUACGCUUACUUCAACCCAGAAGGCAAGGAAGUCCGUGUCUCUUACACCGCCGACUCCCGAGGCUUCCGCGUCCUGUCCAACAACUUGCCCGUCGCUCCCGUCGACAAUUCGGUAGCGCCCGUCCAAGUCCAGGACACACCCGAAGUCGCCAAGGCCAAGGCCGAUCACAUGGCCGCUGUCGCCGCUGCCAAGGCCACCCCAGUCCGCGCUAGACGCCAAGCUCAUCCAUUCCCCGCCCAUGUUGGUGUUGAUCAAAUCGGCGGUGCCCAUCCCGGCCCUGCUCAUGUUGGUGCCGGCCAGAUUGGUGGUGCCCAUCCCGGCCCUGCUCAUGUCGGUGCUGGCCAACGUGGUGGAGCCCACCCUUGUCCAGCUUUCGUCGCUUGUUAAGAAAUGUACAGAUAUAGUUCGUCUUUUUGUUUGCCGAAUAAAAGUUUUUUUUUUU